UACCAAUGACCCAAGCGGAGGGAGAAGACUGGCUGUCAGCCCGUGAGGACAGAGGAAUUGUGCCCCCAUUGAAGAAGCCGAAGAUGCAUCCUCUGAUCUAUCCGUUGUCCAUCCACUGAUCUCUAACCCCCCACACUAAACCCACGAAUCCUCUUCUAAAGGACGCCACCGGCAUCCCCGUCGCCGUCGCAGUCGCAGUCGCAGUCGCCAUGUCCUCCGACGAGCUCCUUCUCGUCCAGGAGCUCCCUAUGGACAUGCACUCGGACGGCGGCGCUCCUCAGCGCCGCCUGGCCCACGUCCUCCUCCCUCUCGACCGUGCCCCUGGCCCGCCCCCUUUCCGCCCACCUCCCCCUCCCUCCGCCGCCACCGCCGCCGAGUUUCGCGUCGCCUUCAGGGGCUGGCUCGGCGCCCCGCGCCACUGGGAGCUCUGGGUCGCCAAGCUACGCCCGAUCCACGAGCGCCUCUGGCGGGAACUUGGGAUCUUCGACGCCGUCCUCGCCUCCACCUACAGGAUCAAGAGGGACGCUCCCGCCGUGCUCCACCUCGCUUCCUUCUGGUCCCCUUCCACCAGCACCUUCGCCUUCCCCUGGGGCGAGGCCACCAUCACGCUCGAAGACGUCGCUGUGCUCGGGGGCUUCCCCGCCGACGGCUCCCCCGUGCCCGCGCCGCUGCCGCCCCAGUUGCGCCCGGACGAGGCGGCGCUCAACGGGGUGCGCCUCGACUUCAACCGGAGCGCCUGCAAGAAGGCGCACCACGCCGCCUGGAUGAAGCACUUCCUCACGGACACGGACAUGGACGCCGUCAUCGAGCACGCCGCCUUCCUCGCGCUCUGGCUCACACGCUUCGUGCUCCCGGGCCACCCGGAGUCCACCAUGCGCCAGUCCCUCUUCCCGCUUGCUGUCCGCAUGGCGCGCGGUGACCGCGUCGCCCUUGGGCCAGCCGUGCUCGCCUCCCUGUACCGGGACCUGCGUGAGAUGAAGACUUACUUGGUGGCUGCCGGCGCAACAGGCGGCAAUGCGGAGUUGCUGUCUCCCUUGUCAGUUCAUGCGCCACUCUACAUCCUUCAGUUGUGGAUGUGGGAGCGGUUCCCUGUACUCUGGGAUGGAAAGCCCAACCUAAUCAAGGAUGGCGAGCCAAGGGCAGCUAGCUGGCAUGAUGUGAGCAAGAAGAUGAAUCCAAUGAUGAUCCGCGAGGUCCUCAAUUCGGGGAAGAAUUUUUUAUGGCGGCCCUAUACGAGCUCGGAGCAAGCAUGCAAGGACCAUAGCGGGUGGGUUCGUGGCAGUGAUAUAAAUGAGGACGAGGAAUUGAUUUCACUUGCGCAUUGCCUGCAUGCUUGUGAGCUAGUGGGGAUGGAUUGCAUUGAGCAGUACCUCCCACACCGUGUUGCAAUGCAGUUUGGACUGGACCAAGAUGUGCCUGGGGACGUUCGCCGAGCAAAUGAGGAUUGGGGGGUUGCAUGGGAGACCUACGAUUUGGAGGGGAAGAGCGUAGCUAUCUUUACCCCUUGCUCUGAACCAGGAGUCACUGCUCGGUAUGCAGAGUGGUGGAGACAGCCAUUGCCACCUGACCUUGAUGUUGGGGCAGGAAGCAUUUCUGUGGAAGGGAAGCUUUCCAAGCGUAAGGUGAAGAAGACACGGGCAGCCAUGGAAGCCGAGGUAGAGAAGGAACGGAAAAUGAAGAAGGCUCGAAUCUCCCCUAAUAAUGAUAAAAAGCGAAAACUUGAGGAGCUGUAUGAUGCGAAGCUGUCGGAUUGGCUUGCAGCUGGAAGGAACGGGAGCAGUGGAACUAGUGGUGGCAGUUGCAAAAGGGGAUCCUCGCCAAAAUCUGAUGCUGGAUCAGAUAAAUCCCUGUCAGCUAGUGCUGGAACUAGAGAUGAUAUUGUACUUGUGCCAAGGAAGCAGUUGCCAACUCCUACUGUAAAUCUGAGGAAGGAUACGGAUAUGAAUCUCGGUCGGGGAGAUGAUGGGAACUUCAUGACUAAGUCUCUGGUUGGGACAAAGUACAAGGGUGUGUAUUUGAAGGGCUCUAUGGCAGGUGAUGUAGAUCAUUUAGUAAAUGAGCCAUACUUUGACGAGACAGUGGUGUCAACUGAAAUCUCUACAUUCAAUGAAGAUGCCAAGGAUGAAUGGAGUGACCAGAUUUUGAAAAAUACCAGUGAGCUGGUCAGUGGAGAACCUCCUGCUGUCCCUAAUAUGCCUGAGGAGAUUAAACCUUCAAUAUCUAUUGAGAGAGAAGAAUGCAGUGAUCUCUUGACUGAUGUUGAUUUCAGUGAGGAUGGCACAGAGGAAGGUAUCACAGUUGAUAAGCCCACAAAUUUCUCCACUGCACCUGAAGGAGGCGAUGCUGUGAUGAUGGAGGAAAAAAUAGUCAAUCUUCUUGAAGACAAGCAUCUUGAUGCUGCAGCUAGACCUGAAGAAGGCACCAUUAUUACUCAGGAGUUGGAGAAGAAAGCCAAACUUGUAGUUGACGAGUCUUGUGGUAUGUCAAAUAGACCUGAAGAAGUUGUUGCUCUUGUCACGAAAGACAUAGAAGAAAAGGGUAAUGCAGCGGUAGCUAUUGAAGGUAGCGCAGUUUCAGAAGGAGUUGGAAGGGUUGGGGAGGGAACAAGUCAUUCUGUUGGAGUCUUGUCAGGGAGCAAACAAGGAGCCUAUGCAGGUGUUACGAAUAAUCCUCAGGAGACAGCAGCUUUGCCUGAGGAAAUACUUCCAGUUCAGCAGGCAAAUGAUGUUGGUGAAUGUGUUGGAAUGUCAUGCAUAAUGGAGGAUACUUGUGCUGCUGCUGGAGUGGCAACAAAUGAUGAAACUGCUUUAGAUUUUGUCAUGGAUGAGGAGAGGGAGAUUUCCUGUAAAGAAGAAAUUGGAGGAGAAAGCAAUCAGAUGGCUAUGAAAGAUAGCGAGCAGAAGCCUCAGGAAGCUCCUCCAGUUGACAUUGUAGAAUGUGGAGAAGACAUUACUCUUAUGAAAAAAGACAAUAAGGGUGAGCACGGAAAUGUUCCUCAGACAGUGGAGGCAGUGACCACUGGCAUUAAUAUGACUGCAGUUCUUUUGGAUGUUCCGGAAGAAGGGAGUGCAGACGUGGAUAAAGCUCUGAAUCUAACACAGAAAGACGCUGAAGAUGUGCACAAGAAAGUUGCAGAAGUAGAGGAUGCAGAACAGGUACAAAUUAAUACUAUGGCAAAUGAUGGGGCACAUGAGGGGCACAACGAAGUUGCUGAAGUAGAGGAUGUAGAACAGGUACAAAUUAAUACUAUGUCAAAUGGAGGGGCAAGUGAGGGGCACAACGAAGUUGCUGAAUUAGAGGAUGCAGAACAGGUACAAAUUAAUACUAUGGCAAAUGGAGGGGCAAAUGAGGGGCACAACGAAAUUGCUGAAGUAGAGGAUGUAGACAUUGCAGAGGCAGAGAUGCGUGCAGAGUUUGAUACUGAGAAACCUGGGGAAGCUACAGAAGCAGGGCAUGCAGAUAUGGAUGACGGUAAGAGAUUAACAGGGAGAGAAACUGUUGAGGAUCCUGGAGAUGUUCUUGAAGGUGCACAUGCAGAAGCGGAAAAGGCUAGGGAGCUCAUAGAGAACAACUACGAUGAUAAGCUAGCAGAGUUUCCUGGUAUAGCACAUGCAGAAAUGGAAGAGGUAAAUAAUUUGAUGAAGGAAGAUGCAGAUGAGAAGUUUGAGGAAGUUUUUCAUAUACAAAGUACAAAAAUGAAAGGAACUUAUAAGCCAAUGGAGGAAGAUACCGAUGCUAAUCUUCGGGAAGUUUUUGACGUAGAGCAUGCAGAAACCAAACAUACAAAGGUUUUGGUUAAGGGAGUUGCAGACAAGAAGUUUGAAGAAAAUUCUGAAUUGAGAAGUAUAGGGAUUGAUGGCCCUCAUGGGCCAAUGGAAGAAAGUAAUGAUGGUAAGGUCAAGGCAGUACCCAAAGUGAACGUGGAAGUAGAACAAGCCAAUAGGACUGUGAGGGGCAAUGAUAGGCCCGACAGCAUCCUGCAAAUAGGCUUUCCAGCAAGGGACGAAGCCAACUGCUUGGCCAAGAAAGAUAUUGAAGAAGAUAAUGCAGAAGGAAAGUGCACGAGCAUAAACAAUGAGGCACCAAUUGAGAAAGAUGCAAAGCAGGCCAAGAAAGAUAUUGAAGAAGAUAAUGUGGAAGUUCCACAAGGAAAGCACAUGAACAUAAAUGAUGAGGCACCAAUUGAGAAAGAUACAAAGCAAAAGCCCAAUGCAGGUGGCAAGGAUUUACCAGAGAAAGAAGUCGAUGGGUCCAAAGAGAUUUACCAAUUGAAACGAGAAGAAGGGGAGGAAUGCAAGGUGUUAAGGGCGAAAGAUACCGAGGAGAAUACUAAGGAUGCUCUUGGGGUUAAACAGGCAGAAGAACGGCAAGGGGAAGCACUGACAGCAGAAUAUAUGUACAACUACAUUGAAGAAAAUACUCUAGUUGAGCAGGUGGAUGGACAAAGCAAAACACUCACAAGGAUAGGUGUUGAGGAAAAUCCCAAAGAUAUCACUCAAGAACAGAAAAAAGAAUUUGACAAUGAUACAGUGGAAUCUUUAAAGAAUUCAAUCAAUAGUUUGUUAUGUAGCCCAGCCAUCAUACAGUCAAAAGAAGGGCAGAAGGAAGUUCCUAUUGCAGGCAUGACGGAGAAGCAUUGCCUUCAGGAUGUUGGGUUGAUAAAUGAGAGGGAAUCAUUGUCUGAUGGAGCUGCUAUGGAGAUUCAAGGAGUAGAUGGCCACAAAACUUUGGACAUGCAUGAGGAAGUGUCUAUUAAACAGAUACAUGAGUGUGGAAUAAUAUUCGAAAAUAAGGAGACGCAAAUAUUGGAAGACAACCAUAUGGUAGGAAAUGAAUCUAAUGAUUUGGUUCUUAUGGAGGUUGAUGAAACUUGGUCUGCAGUCGAAAUUCACAACCAGGAGGCUUUGGACUUGGACAAGCAACAAACAAUGGAGGAAAGACAAGAUAUAGGACCUACAAUAGAGAACAAGAAAAUGGCAAUGUUAGGAAAUGUCAUUACGCUUGGGUGCUGUGAGUUUCAAGCUGAUUCACCUGAGACCGAAAUUAAUGAGGUCCUGUCUACCAGAGGAAUACAUAAUCAGGAGCAUUUGGACAUUAAGGAAGAACAAGUAUCGGAAAAAGAAUUGGGGUGUAUAAUCACAGAAGGAAAUGCAAGAUCCUUGGUGGUGGUCGAUACACUUGGUGGUGGUGAAGCAGAUACCACUGUGGCUAUCGUGGAUGUUAGCAAGGCCAAUUGUGUUGAAGGAAUACAAAAUAUGGAAGCGUGCGGCAAAGAUGAGUUGCAGGCAAGGCAGGACAAACAGCACAAUGGUGUUGGAGAUGGGAGGAUCUUGGAAGGCAUGAGCGCCAAUGAUAGUGGUGACGUGGGAACACGGAACCAGUGGGAUUUAUGCAUGGAGAAAGAACCGGCGGUGCUGGACAAGCAGGACGAGGGAACAACAGAUGAGAGCACAGGGAGAAUGUUGGUUGACACAGCUGCACCUGAAUGUGGUGAAGCUAAAACUGAUGUGACCAUGAAAAUGAAUAAUGAUGUUCUUUGUACACAAGCUGUUAAUAUGGCGGAGGAUAAAACUUCUUCGCAAAACCAGCAGAAAUGUGUACCAUUGGGAGACCACAAUAAAUCAGAUCCACAGGAACCAGCGGUGCUGGAGGACGAGAGAACAACAGAUGAGAACACGGGGAGAAUGUUGGUUAACACAGAUGCACCUGAAUGUGGUGAACCGAAAUCUGAUGGGACCAUGAAAAUGAAUAAUGAUGCUCUUUGUACACAAGCUGUUAAUAUGGCAGAGGAUAAAGUUUCUUCCCAAAACCAGCAGAAAUGUGUGUCAUUGGGAAACCACAAUAAAUCAGAUGUUGAAGGCUCUGGAUGGAAUCAAACUGCAAGAAAAGAGUCCAAGGGGACUCUUCAGUCAGAGUGUGAACAUGAGAUAGAAGUGAAACAAGAAAUUUUAGAGAAUAAAACAGAGUUGCCCAUUGGUAGAGAGAAUGAUGAAGCGUCGGAACAAGAGCAGACCUACGCAGAGAAUAAUUCAACUGCUCCUUCAGGUAUGGAUCACCGGGGUGAGAAUAAUAACAAAUGGGCUGAAGAAUCGAUAAAAAACUAUGGGAAGCAUGUUUCUGAUCCAGUAAACACAGGUUGCCAGACCAGUAAAUUUGGCCGACCAAGUAUUGAAGAGGUCAGGAGAAUACAUAGUGGCAGUAUCUCUGUCUAUCUGAAAGACAUCAAAGUAUCUCAGGAAAAAAAUCGUUCUGAUCCAUCAAAGAGUACAUAUAUAAACAAUGCUGGGUAUUGUUCUGGACAUGGAGCUCUGGAACCAGUUUCAGUCAGCAAGGAUAUCAAAGUUCCAUUGCAUGAUACUGGGAGGAUCUGUGGAAGAGAUCGUGCACUGGAGUUGGUGACAGGUCCACCAGAAGAGACGCCUCGAUGGAGACAAGAGCAAUAUGCACUUAAUAUUUUGGAAGAUGUGCAAAAUGCUCGCAUUGCUGAGAAAACUAGAAUGGAGAUGGAGAUCAGAAUACUGAAGGCACAGAUUGCUAGCAUGCAGAGACAAGUGAUGAACAUGGAUCAUGUUGGUGAGGUUAUUUCCAGAUCAAAAAGGCAUUGACCUUUAAUUAGCUCCAUGCUAAAUGAUAGGUUUGCAUAAAAUUUCAUGUAGAAUUGUACUUACUUUGUGAGAUCAAACACCAAUGCAUGCUAGUUUGUUCA